UACCAUUCGAUCUUCAGCCUUUUAAUCCGCAACCUAUUCUAAUAUCUAUCCACUCCUUCUCUUCAAGCUCUCAACUCUACGAAAUGGCUGUCACCAAGGACGACAUUCUCCAGCACGAGGAUGCUGCCAAGCACUCCGGCACCGCUGCUGAGACUUUCGCAAAGAAGGCCGGCCUCGGCGCCUUCAGCAAGCAGAUCGGCGAGUUCGUGAAGAAGCUUGUCGGCAAGAAGCAGAAGGCUGCCCUCGACGCCAAGGCCAAGAAGGAGGGCGUCACCCCCGAGGCUGAGGCCGCCGCCGCUGGUGCUCCUGCCCCGGCUGCUGCCCCCGCCCCGGCUCCGGCUGCUGCUGCUUAGAGGAUGGUGUGAGGAGGGUGUGGUGCUGAUAACGAUCUGUUCUGAAAUCGAAAGCCAUGUCUCCAGGCCCGCCAUGUGUAUUCGUCAGAUACAAUCGCUCGGUAUCAGCAGAAGUAAUGGAAGCGAGGAAGGAGAACACGCGAGGGAGUCUUUGAUACCAUAAUACCCAACUCGUUUUUGCGCAGGAGAAUAUACAAGAUCCAUGGAUCGUUGUUC